GCCAUCUGCUGCCCUCUACGAUAUGCCACAGUCCUCACAAGCAAGGUGAUUGGGAAGAUCGCCGCUGCCACCCUGACCCGCAGCUUCACCAUCAUGUUUCCAUCUGUCUUUCUCCUUAAGCGCCUGCACUACUGCCGGACCAACAUCAUCGCGCACACAUUUUGUGAGCACAUGGGCAUCGCCCGUCUAUCCUGUUCUGAUAUCUCCAUCAAUGUCUGGUAUGGGUUGGCAGCAGCUCUUCUCUCCACAGGCCUGGACAUCAUCCUUAUUUCUGUUUCCUAUGUCCACAUCCUCCGAGCUGUCUUUCACCUCCCUUCUCAAGAUGCUCGGUCCAAGGCCCUGGGCACUUGUGGAUCCCAUGUCUUUGUCAUCCUUCUCUUCUAUAUCCCUGCCCUCUUUUCUGUCUUUGCCUACAGGUUUGGUGGGAGACGUAUCCCACGCUAUGUCCAUAUCCUCCUGGCCAACCUCUAUGUGGUCAUCCCGCCUAUGCUCAAUCCCAUUAUUUAUGGAGUGAGGACCAAGCAAAUUUUGGAAGGAGCAAAGCAGAUGUUUUCAAAUUUUCCCAAAGAAUCUAAAUAA